AUGGAGUGGUGCUCCGACUGCCUGUUCGCCGCGACCGUGCUGGCCGGCGUCAACGCGGUGUGCGUCGGCGGCACGGGCUUCCUCAUCUACACGCUCGUCCGGCUCGCGCGGACGCCGCGCAGCAGCGCCGGCGGCAUCGCCGGCGUCUCCAUCUUCCUCCUCAUCUGGGUCUACUACAGCGCCAGGAUGUACCCCUCCUUGUGCGGCACCUUCUUCUCGUGCUCCGAGUUCGGGGGCUGCAUGGCCUCUAUAUUCCACGCGCUGUUGCCGUGCAUGCGCGGCGUGGGCUGGCUGCUAGGCCUGCCGUGCCAGUGCGCGCGAGCCGCGCGUGCCCGGCUCUGGCGCCCGGGCAGGGGCGGCGGCGGCGGCAGUGCCUUGCCGCGAUCCGCAAUCGACGCGCUUCCGCGGGAGCCGCCGGCGCGCGGCGGGGCGCGGGUGGCCGGGGCUGCCGACAUCCCGGCGUACGCGCAGAGGGGCGCCGGCGACGCGGCCGCGUGCGCGGUGUGCCUGGGCGAGGUGGAGGAGGGGGAGAUGGUGAAGCGGCUGCCGGUGUGCUUGCACAUGUUCCACCAGUACUGCAUCGACCCGUGGCUGUUGAGCGGCAAGUCGACGUGCCCGGUCUGCCGGUGCGACGUGUUUGCGCCACUGCCGGCGGAAAUGGUGUGAGAUCUUGCUCAUCUUUUUUUCCUGGUUUUUCGACAGUUGACGAUGAGUGAACUGAUAGCGUAAACCGUGAAAGAAAAGUGUAAACAAGUGUAAGAAACAUUUAAAAUGAUCAUCGUGCUAGUUGA